UCUCCCACUUUUUUAAAAUCGUAUUAACCUGUUGCAUACAUGACAGUUUUAAGUUAUUUUUACUUACAGUUUAAUUUAAAAUAAAUUAACGUUGAAAAAUUAUUUUCAAUUGCAUGAAAAUCACAUAAGAAAAUGGAUAAAUUACGAAGAGUUUUAAGUGGUGAUGAUCAACCCGAUGAAGAAAGUGGAAUAUUUUCACAACUGAAUGAUGCAAGUACCUUAAGUUGGUCAACACGAAUAAAAGGAUUCAUUGCAUGUUUUAUUAUUGGAAUAUUAUUAUCACUUUUGGGAUCAUUUGCAUUAUUUUUACAAAGAGGAUUACCUACAUUUGCAAUAUUUUAUACAUUGGGCAACAUUGUAUCAAUGCUUAGUACGUGUUUUUUAAUGGGACCUUUCAAUCAAGUCAAACGGAUGUUUGCACCAACUCGAGCCAUUGCAACAAUUAUCGUUAUAAUCGCAUUUGCGAUGACAUUAUUUUCAGCGAUAGUGUUGGGUAAAGCAGGGUUAGCAUUACUGUUUAUAAUAAUUCAAUUUUUAGCAAUGACAUGGUACUCUUUAUCAUACAUACCAUAUGCGCGUGAUGCUGUCAAGAAAACCAUUGAGACUUGCAUAAUAUAAACAUUUUUGUUACUAUAUUUUGUUAGUUAUAGUUAUUAAGGAAAUUUUAUUGAAAAUUUGUUGAAACCGUUCAUUUGGAGAGAGCCAAUUUUCCAUACAAUUUAUACACAAAUUAUUUUUUAAAUCGCAAAAAUAUUAAAUGAUC